CCUCAGGAAGAGAAGCCUUCUCCUCUGCACUCGACGAAAGCUUUGUUAUUCAGAUCUUAAUGAAUUCAAGAAGCACUGUAGCAUCCAUAGUUUCCUGCAAAUCGGGAAACAAGAACGACUUUCUCUUCUGGAUUUUGGCUUGCUUGCUUCCAAGUUUCCUGGGUACCCCUGCUGCAUACGUUAACUUUCAGCUCUUUAAGGCCAUUGUACGCAGUCCCUCUUCAUCUAUUCGCGUCUUGGAAUCUUGUCAACUAUAGCCUCAAAACCUAUUUAAAGUAAUUUGCCCCAUUUCUUUAAAAGCAGCAUGGUUUCCUCUCGCUUACCUAGUUUUAAUGGGUCCUGCAUGCACAAAGGCUUCCAGAAUCAGUUCCUUUUUCCCAAGGGACAACCUGAUACCCCAACCUCUGAUCCUCUUGAGUUUGAUUUCUCUGAUGUGUUUGGACCUGCUCCAGUUCAGGGACCAAUGGAAACAAGCACAGAGAAUCCUAAAAAUCUGAUUGUUGUGACUGAAUCAAAUGAACUGCUUUAUGAUGAUCCAGCUGUCAUCUGUAGCCGCUCCCACUCCUUGGUUGGCCCUUCAUCUUAUGUUAGCCAGUCAUUGAAACUUAGCAAGCUUACAUUACGUGAAAUUGGGGAUUCCUUGGAACUUGUAGAAGGAGUUAGGGAUGAGGCUCAAAAUGAGCUCGGGAAACCGUUGAUCGAUGAUGUUAUUCCGGAGAAUUCUCAUGGUCACGUAGACAGUCAUCCCUUGGAACAGCAGCUUGUCGGGCUAAAAGAUUUCGAAGUUUUAAAGGUUGUUGGCCAAGGUGCAUUUGGAAAAGUUUAUCAAGUAAGGAGGAGUGAUACGUCAGACAUAUAUGCAAUGAAGGUAAUGCGCAAGGAUAAGAUUAUGGAGAGAAAUCAUGCUGAAUACAUGAAAUCCGAGAGGGAUAUAUUAACCAAAGUGGAUCACCCCUUCGUUGUGCAGCUCAGAUACUCAUUCCAAACCAAAUAUAGGCUGUACCUUGUGCUUGACUUUGUUAAUGGGGGGCAUCUUUUCUUCCAGCUUUAUCGCCAGGGAUUGUUCAGGGAAGAUUUGGCUCGCAUAUAUACGGCAGAGAUUGUAUCGGCUGUUUCUCAUCUCCAUGCAAAUGGCAUAAUGCACAGGGAUCUCAAACCUGAAAAUAUUCUUCUAGAUGCAGAUGGACAUGUUAUGCUGACUGAUUUUGGCCUAGCAAAGGAAUUUGACGAAAAUACAAGAUCCAAUUCCAUGUGUGGAACUUUAGAAUAUAUGUCACCUGAAAUUGUUCUUGGCAGAGGCCACAACAAGGCUGCUGAUUGGUGGAGUGUGGGAAUUCUACUGUACGAAAUGCUUACGGGGAAGCCACCCUUUUGUGGUGGAAACAGACAGAAGAUCCAGGAUAAAAUCAUAAAGGAAAAGAUGAAGCUGCCGGCAUUUUUGUCGAGUGAAGCACACUCGAUCCUCAAGGGGUUGCUGCAGAAAGAAGCAAGCAAGCGGCUUGGCAGUGGACAAGGUGGUAGCGAUGAGAUCAAACGGCACAAGUGGUUCAAGCCCAUCAACUGGAAGAAAUUAGAAGCUAGAGAGAUAAGGCCAAGUUUUCUCCCUGAAGUUGCAGGGAACCAAUGUGUUGCAAAUUUCGAGGAGUGCUGGACUAACAUGCCGGUUCAUGACUCUCCUGUUGCUAGCCCAACUUUUGGGGAGAAUCCGUUUAAGGGGUUCACAUAUGUGAGGCCUGCAGCUUCAUUUCUUAAUAGAAAUGCUUGAGAUCGACUCGGGGUAUUCCCGCUCGUCUGUUACACCAGCAGCGGGCUUCUUGUUCCAUCGUUAAGUUUGAUAUUUGUCGAAAUUGUCAAUAAUGAACUUGUAUGUUUCUAUCUGUUGUUUCUCUGAUUAAGACACUGCCAUCUGCUCUUUCAAACAUGUUUGUUGAGAAGACACUUCGGGGGUGUAAAUGAACCGAUCUUGGUUGAACAAAGUUGUGUUUAUUUAAAUUUUUAAUAUCGUGUUUGUUUAUUUA